GAAUGGAAGGGUGGCUGAUGGGAACUGCACGGAGGUGCCCCAGUUCACCCUGGCAGGACUCACCCAACACCCACAACUGAAAUUCCUCCUCUUCGGGCUCUUCCUGGGCACCUACACGCUGACAUUAGUGGGGAACCUGGGCCUGAUCGCCCUCAUCAGGGUCAGCCCCCGCCUCCACACCCCCAUGUACUUUUUCCUCACUGCCUUGGCCUUCCUGGACGUUUGCUACUCCUCCACCAUCAGCCCCAGGAUGCUGCUGGACCUCCCAGCAGACACCAAAGCCAUUUCCUUUGCCGGAUGCCUCGCGCAGCUCUACUUCUACGCCGCGUUCUGCACGGCCGAGGUUUACCUGCUGGCAGCCAUGGCCUACGACCGCUACGUGGCCGUCUCCAAGCCCCUCCUCUACCAGCUCAUCAUGUCCCCCGUGCUCUGCACGAGGCUGGUGGCCGCUUGUUUCCUUGUGGGGCUGCUGAGCGCCGCCGCCCACACUGGCGCGGCGCUCCGGCUGUCCUUCUGCGGCCCGCUGCUCAUCGACCACUUCUACUGCGACGGGCCACCGCUCUUCCUCGUCGCCACCACGGACACGCGCCCCAACCAGGCUCUGCUCUUUGUCCUGGCGGGGUUCAACAUCGUUGCCACCAGCCUGCUCAUCCUCGGCUCCUACGCCUGCGCUGCGCUGGCCGUGGGCAGGAUGGGCCCUGUGGCGGGACGGCGCAAGGCCUGCUCCACCUGCGCCGCCCACCUGGCAGCCCUCGGCAUCUGCUACGUGGCCCUCGCCUUUAAUUACAUGCAGCCCAGCUCGGCCCACGCGCUGAGGAGCAAGAAAGUGGCAUCUGUCUUCUACACCAUCGUAGUGCCCUUGGUGAACCCCAUGGUUUACAGCCUGAGGAACCGGGAGGUGAACAACGCCCUCAGCAGCUUCAUCAGGAGGACAAUGUACUGA